AGUCACAGCCGUUUUGGCUCAGGCCCGUGUGUGGGCGAGCGGAGCUCUGGGAGGGCUGGACAUGGCUCCCGCCCAGACUGCGGCGGAAGAGGCCGAGGCCGCGCUGGAGGAGGACCUUCCCGAUGAGGUGUCGAAGGAGGAGAUCCAGCGGCGACUCGACCUGGCAGACGAUGUGCACAUUGAGACUCUCAACGAGGCGUCCCUGAAGAGGAUGGUGCUGCAGUUCGAGCGGAAGGUCAAGGUGAACCAAGAGUUGCGAAUAAAGCACGCGGAAGAGCCAGACAAAUUCCUCAAGAGCGAGGUGGAUUUGGACGAGGAAGUCAAGAGAUUCACACAGCUCGCCACGCAUCCCGAACUGUACGCAGAGUUCAUCAAGCUCGGCGGUCACAAUGCAUUAAUCGGCCUGCUCAACCAUGCGAACACUGACAUCGCAGUAGAUGUCUUCGAGGUGCUCAGCGAACUGACGGACCCAGAUGUAAUAGCGGAGGUCGAAGCCCCCGAGGCUUUUGUCACGUCGCUCUAUGAGGCUCACCUCUGCCAGAUGGCCGUUGAUUGCCUCCUGCGCAUCAACGAGGAGGCCAGCGACGAGGACGCUCAGGCUGUCACGAAUUGUCUCACCAUGGUGGAGAAUCUUGCUGGAGUCAGCCCGACGGAGAGCUGCGACCGAUUCUCCAAGAUUCCAAAGUUUCUGCCCUGGCUCAUCAAGCGGGUGCGCGCUCAGGGCGACGUCGAUUACAACAGGGUCUACGCCUCUGAGAUCCUGGGGAUCAUCCUGCAGAACUCCUCGUCUAGCCGGGAGGCGAUGGUGAAGCUGGAGGGGGUCGAUAAGCUCCUGCGCGGCAUCGCUGCGUACAGGAAGCGCGACCCCUCGGACAGCGAGGAGUCGGAGUUCGUGCAGAACAUGUUCGACUGCCUCUGCUCGCUGAUGUUGAUGCCGGUCCACCAGGUGGCUUUUGGCAAGUUGCAGGGUCUGGAGUUGAUGAUCCGCAUGAUGCGCGAGCACGUGUUCAGCUCGCCGCUCGCCUUGCGCCUAGCCGACCACGCGGUCCGGCACUGCGCCGCGAACUGCGAGAUCUUCGUGGACAAGCUGGGCCUGAAGGUGAUCUUCGCGAUGUUUAUGAAGAAGGGCCCGAGGCAGAAGGCCAAGGCUGCGCAGCGAGAGAGCGAGGAGCACGUCCUCUCCAUCAUCCAGUCGCUCUGCCGCUACUGCUCCGGCACCGCCGUGGCGCGCGUGCUCAACAAGUUCACUGAGUGCAGGUUCGAGAAGCUGGAGCGCCUGCUGGAGAUUCACGAGGAGAUGGCGGAGGCCGUGCGGCGGGCGGACCACGCGAGGGCGCAGGGCCAGAUGCAGGCUAUCGACAGGGAGUUCGAGGUCGACGAAGAGGAGCAGCUGUUUUUGGAUCGGUGCGACGCUGGACUCUUCACCUUGCAGCAGGCGGACCUGAUCCUCGUGCGGCUGGCGAACAUGGGCAACAGAGAGGCAACCGAGGAGAUCGGGAAGCUCAUGGACGCGAAGGGAGUGCCCCUGUCCGAGGUCGUGGAAACAAUUGCGGAGUAUUGUACACACCUCGACGAUUCCGCCGAGGAGGAACGGUCAGAGAUUCAAGCCUUUCUGAAGAAUUUGGCGAGAAGAUGCGGUGGCGAUGAAGCGGUAAAGGCCCUUGAAGCUGUGCCUGGUGCCGCAUCGUGCGCCACUGCACGUAGCCGUGUCAGUGAGAAACGGCCUUUGGAGACCCCUGAGGCGGACUCCGUGAACGCCGAGAGAGAAAGAGAGGAGCAAAGGCGAACAGUCCCACGCAAAGACGAUUCCUCUCGCGAUUUGGAGAAGGACGAGAGGAAGGACAAGAAACAGAAAAAGGAGAAGUCUCGCAGAGGCUGAGGCUGCACAGCGCGGACCAGACGCCUUCGCCGCAAAAGUUCCGUACAGAAAAUCCCCGCAUGGAUAUGCUAUUCACAAGUGCGUUAUCCACGGCUGCAUAUGCUUGGGUCCAUCGCCAGGCUAAUUUGGAGUCGAUCGUGCCUCCAUGCGUGGGGAGGGCCAGGACCCACGACCUUGCCCUUUGACACAGACCUGGACGGCAUGGGCAAGAACUCGCAGGCAUCAUCAUCCAGGUGUCUCCCAAUAUUUGCCAUGCUGUGGCCCGAAAGCUGAUGAGCAAUGUCCAUCACGGUUAAGACAGGACGGCCGCGACGAUGCUGCCAAUGAGCAGUGGCGGGGGAAGGGCACGGAGGAAUCGCAGUUCGAGGAGGAUCUCGAUUGAGGGAAUGCUAGUUGCCUUUCGGUUCAGCUUGCCAGCCAUGCUCCCACAUGGGUGUAGUGCGGUUGUAGAUCGACUGCUACUAUUCUUCACGCUUCGCGCAUCCCCACCAGCUGUGCUUCUCGGCUCGCGCGUUGCCAAUUAGAUCGGCCCGUGGCCCGGACCUUUCGACUCGGCGCCUGCGCUUCCGCUUGCGCCCGCGAGGAAAAA